UGACUUAGUCAUUUAGCGUUAUCCAAGCGAGAUGGACCUUCGAAAUGUCUUUGACAAACCCCAGCAUCACCAGCUGGGGGACGGUGCUGCGACUGCGUCGAAAAACGAAACCUUGUACGUUCAACUUCCAUCUCACCCUCCAAACGACCCUUCCGAGAAAGGCAUCUCGGAGAUGCGGAAAGUGCUUUCGUUGAUAAUAACAAGACUUCGAGACCGUGAGAAGCCACCUUCCGUCUUCGCCCAGCUUGCAUCGGAGGCCGACAAGAAACAUGCAAACAGAAUUGAUGCAAUGGUUGCAAGUUUCAAAGAUGCUGUAAGAAAAGCGAAUGCACCGAAGCCGGACGCCUAUGGUGCGGGGGGAUCUGGGGAUGAGGAUGUUGCUGCUGACGCCUAUUCUACGGAUGAGACGUUGGAUCUGAUGACACAGCUUCGACAUACAUUGCUGGUGGCACGCAAAAAAGGAUGGGAACUACUUCCUUCAAAAGCACCCCCCCAAGCACCCUCGGACCGCUCGAGAACCAAGUCGCCGACACCUAGGCCUUCCCCGUUUCGGAGGAGGAAGACCACCCCUGAGCGUGCACAGUCUUCAGAGUUGGCUUAUGACGAGGCUGAUAUACGAUCCGCAUGUCUCGAUCUCGUCGCCCAAAUUGUCGAAGAAGAUUGUCGCUAUAGAGUACAGAACCCCAGGCUCAAGGCGCCCCCUCACGCUCUACAGGCAGUGACCCUAGAUGUGGCAUUAGCAGUAUUGGAACCAGAGCCAAAACCUCAUACACUCUCAGCUGUCGCUUUUGCUUUAAUCCCUGGAUUCUACACAUUUCACCCUCGCUUCCAUUCUCGGCUGCUACAGUUCUUCGAGGAAGCAAUUCUCGGGACACUCUUGGAGUUGCUGCAGAAAACUCAAGGAUCAUAUCAGUUGUUGAUGGAAUCUACCAAGGCACUGGAAUUUAGCGCGCUCACGUCUACCCCCACUAUUGCUAUUUCCAUCGAAGGAGAGGGAAAAAGAACAUCGUCCCAUUCUUUAUGGUCAGCCACUGGCUCAAACCUCCGCAUAUUGAGUACCACAGCUCCAUUUCAAGCUAUGGACAUCUAUCGUCUAGGCUCCGUGGUGCCGCCUUUGCUAUCUGCUGUUCUCGACUGUGUGGAGAUCAACGAUUCGUCCGUAGAAUCUCUUGAACUGUUCCGUGCUGUUCGUGUUCUUGAGAUGAUUGCAGCAGGGAAGCUGGACAGCUAUCUUGACUUGCUGCAAGUAAUUGCGUACCAUUCGAGCGAGGCUCGGUAUCGUGCAUAUUCUGUCCUUGCGUCUUUUUGGCCAGAGGUUAUUGGUCAUGUCACUGCAUCCGUCCCUUUCCCUGUUGUUUCAAAGCCACCGCGCCCCAGGGACGUGAAACGUCUGAAAGUGCAUGGGAACGAUAAUCCCUUUGAUCAUCAGUUUAUACCAUGGAGAUUUCAAGCGCUCAUUCGGCGGUCGACUGUGGCUACGACUGGAGGUCCUUCUGCGUUGACAACUGAUUACCCAACUUCCUGUCAGGUUUGCAAUGAAUCCAUUAGUGGUUUCGGUUUGAAAUGUGUGCUCUGCCCAUGUGCACUUCAUUUCAUGUGCUAUGACUCCCCCGCUGGUAGUUUCUUUUCGCAGUAUCCAUCAGCGCAAGAUUCAGAGACACAGCGAUUGGCAGUCACCCGAUUUUCGCGCAUUUUACCGAGACGCAAAGGCGAGUUGGACUGUGUCUCAAUCAACAAUCACCACUUCCACAUUGUGAACUUGUUUACCUUAACGCUUUGUUUCGUAUGUCGAUUACCUAUUUGGGGUUGUACAUUGCAAGGUUUGCGCUGCGACAAGUGCCACCUGUUCGUGCACCAUACUUGUAUAAGCGACCAGUUCAACGAGUGCAACGCGAGCCCUCCUACGUCUAAGCUCGUCACCAUCGAUUGGACUGACAUGCGCAAAUCAUUUGUCGCCCACUAUUUUGACGUUCUUCUGACAGAAGAACAGAUUUACAGCCAUUCUUUUGAGGACAUUUCUAUUCUUCAAGGUGUUCUAUGGACUCAGCUGCAAAUACUUAUGAACGGCAUUGCCUCUGGAUCUAUCAUCAUAGAACAACCCAGUCCCUCCACUGAUCUUGGUAGAGAGAACCGUGUGGAGGAAUUUGAGCUGCAAUACUGCGUCAGAAUCUACGAGGCUUAUCUUGCCUCUGGCCGUAAUCCAAAGUCAUCACCCUUGGAAUAUUAUCAGCGCUUGCACCGAUCAUCCGUUGACACGUCUAUCCUGUUUGAUUGGUCAUUACUGCUGUAUAUAGUCGCCACCUCCAAGUGUCCACCGGCUGCUUACAGUGGUCCAGAUCCUGGAGGUUUACUCAGCGUCCAAACUACCCUCCCACCUCAUCCACCCUCUCCACCGCAAGUAUCAGAAAUUGUGUCUCUAGCUCACAUUCGUGAUGUUUUGGGAUCGGAGAUGAAUGUGAAGUCUGAUGUCGCAGCUAAGCAUUUGUUGCGGCACGUUCAUACUCUAGGUUUCUUUCGGAGAGUCGAUGGACAGUUUAGAUUAUUUGAUGACAGGGAUGCGCCCCCAAACCAGAUUUUCUGCAUAUUUCCUCUCCCAGUUCUUCUGGAUACAUCCGUGGAUGUCGAGACCUUGGUCGCUGCGAUUGAAGCAUCCCUCGCGGAUAUCGAUCUUUCGGUGAACGAGUCGGCAUUACUGCUCCUGAAUCAGCGUUGUCCGCCAAACAUAUGGGCUUCCGAGUACGGUUUAGGUCGUCUAGCCCGAGCAAUACUCUCUUGGAUUUGUACGGAUGAUGAUCGCCUUAUUCGAGUUGCAACUGAAUUUGCCUCUCAGAAACGCCCCCUCCCAGGCGUCCUACCGGCAUCUACGGCUCAUUUGUGGCCCCCGCUUCCGGUAUCACGUCCGGAAACAUUAAACUCCUCCACCAGUGGCGGAGAGUAUGUCAGUGCAAGACGUGUGCUGCUGAAUCGAUAUAUUGUCCCUUGGAUGCGGGCCCUACAUGCGUUGGACGCAAAUUCUUACGCUGGCAUCCUGUUUGAUUUCUGCCGAAGUCAAGCGGCGGAGAAAUGGAGUGACCCCAUUUCUCUUGAGGAUGAUGUCCGUGCUUCCAUUAAUUCGACAGAUUUAGGCGAUGAGAUGCUGCGUAUUAUCCUGAAACUUUGUCACUCCUCUGUCAUAUUAUCAUGCUUCGACGCGGUAUUUGUAUCCUGGUUGGAUGCUGUCUCUGGCAUGAAUUCGAAUAUUCAGCCGGUACCAUAUCCAUUCCUGCCAAGGCUCUUCAAUAUGGAUGCGGAGGCUUUACAUUAUGCCUCCCAGAGUGAAAAGCCAGCCGCGACCGAGCUCAACGAUGGCUGGCAGGUAGAUCCAUGGAAGGUGAUCACCGAUGGUGCUGCGGAAGGUCCUUCAGGAAUGCAACGCACUCUUCGAUGGCUGGAAUUGCUCGCACGUUCGGGUGUGAGCAUACCCGUUUCGACCUACAAGCAGAUGGCUGCAUACUUGCGUGACUCAGACGCAGCGUUUGAAAUGCACCAAGCUCUCACAAGGUGCUUCACAGCGACUUGCUGGCUGAAAUCGCACGGAGCUCAGGAUCUCCUUGGUUUGAUUGCUACCAUUCAUGACCGACUAGCGGGAUGGAUAUCAAUCAAUUAUGUCCACGAUGAUAAGCGUGACAAAAUCGAUAAUUUCAUCCGGUUAAGCAUGGCAGCGUGCCUCCUUUUGUACGGAUUCGAUCGAGAAUAUGUGGUUUCCAUAGGCUUAAUAGAGCCGUCGGAACAACGUGAUUUUCCAACAAGGCGGAAAUUUACUGGCUUUGGUGCCAUCGAAUCUGCGACGUUAGCUCUGAAUAUUGAACUAGUGAACAUUCUGUCCCGUUAUGUGACCUUUCUUAGACCAGAGAUUUCGGUACUGGUCGCCGCAUUUUUGGAUUCAGUCGUUUCAGACUCUUCGCCAUUGGGGAAAAACGAGGUGGAUAGCUUCAUUACUAUCAAUGCCUAUGCGUUGAAUACCUGUGUUUGGUCGUUUUAUGGCUUGCAACUGCCGAAAUUGAGCCUCAUCCGGUCGCCUUUAUUGCUCAAACUCCUCAUCGUUGAUUCAAAACCCAUGGAGAUGAUCAUUACAGAGACGCUCAGUGACCCAGACUCUGGACAUAGACAGCUGGCUAUUCAAAAAAUGCAUCUUAUUUCUCUUGACAUAAACUCUGAACCCUUCCAAAUGGAGGAUCGUCAAUGGCGACAUUGUGUUGUCCCGGUGCUUCGUCUGUUCUUUGCGUCUUUGUGGAACGACCCAUCCGAAGAAAAUAGACAAAUAGUUGAUGUCGCCUGCCAAUCAUUCCUACAAGUGCAUCUCGACGCCAUUUCCAGGUGCUGGGAUGAAUCCCUCCUGAAAGCACCCAUUGGGGAACGAGUUCGACUUGUCAGGUUUCUCCUUCGGCUUCAUCCUUAUUUUCCUACUUGGAGGGUUCUCUCAUGGGACGCAAUAGUUGAUUCGAUGCUAGAAGAUGAUCUUAUCAGCUCGCACGGUGUAGAUGACGGAAGCAACAUCAUCGCGCAAAUUUUUUCUCCAGAAAUCAUCGAAGAGCCCUCGAACGAGUCUGAUAUGACAUUGUUACGAACCUUGCUUGUAUCGCUGAGUUUGCAGUUCAUUGGUGAUGGUAUACGAGUUGAUGUGUUCACUGUUCUCAAGAUUAAGCAUCAUCUUGCAAGAGUGCUCUCAUUCUCUGAAUCUCGUCUCAUGCAAAACGUAAACGGGACGGUUCAUAUCCAUCUAGGAUCCAUAACAUCCAUUCCUCCUACGGCUUAUCCAUGUAUAAGUAGCCUGAAGCGAGCUAUUGACGGACCAGGGAUGGUAGAUCUUGCUCCAUCCGCAAUGGGUUUUAAAACCGUCACCGAAGCCAAUGCACCCUGCCUAGCCGGGAGUGUAUUCGAUGACAUUGUGAUAGCGGUUAUUACUUCUAUUGACGUUGUUCAGCUGCCCUAUCUGGUUGCGCGAUCUUGGCUGGAAAUCGUCGUCAUCAUUAUUCUCAAGCACGAUUUUGACCAUCCGGCAUUGCAUCCCUUGAAUUCGAGGCUUGUCGACACCGUAAAAAGACUGGUUGACAACAUUCGCAAGGAUGUCAACCAAGAACUUUGUCAAUUAUCCCUGUCCGUUUCUCAUGCCCUGCUGCAAACGAGGGGGAAUUGGGCCACUAAGAUAUUGAGCCGUCAGAUAUUCGCAAUCUCUUCCAUGGUUGUCGACUUAGAUCUGAAGCCGGAGCACGUAUUAGUUGCUCAAGGAAUCGCAUUUCUGGAAUCAGCGUUCGAGAAAUUCGUUACUUCCGGAUUAUUCAAGUCAUUAUUCAAGAAUGAUCCUCUUCCGCAUCGGUUUUUUGAUGUUCUCUCAACAAUUAUCAAGUCAUCUGCUUCGCAAUCGGAGGAAACACUGCCCAAUGAGAUUAUCCGGACUGUGCUGGAGAAAAUGUUUGAUCUUCGAGAGGGCGAAACUGACCGAGAUCUCUUUGCAUCUGUCGGGCCCAUCAUUCGUAAUCUUGCCGAUUUUGUCGUGCGUGUUCACCACAAGAAUCUCUCAAAUCGCUUACUACAAGAUAUUGCGUUGGGCCUAACGAAUAUAGCUCGAAAAACUGCAGAGUGGCCAUCCUCGGCCUUCAACCCAAAUCCCCUUUUUUUCAUGGUUACCACCAUCAUACAGCACAAUAAGGCUCGAUGCAAGGACAUUCUACUUCAUCUGGAAACAUUACUGAGAGCAUGCCUCGUGCGCUUCGAUGUGCACGAGGAGAGUUUAGACUACCUAUUCAAGGUCACUGGGAGUUUGAUUUCCAGAACGAAUAGUGUGCAGUUUGACUUACCCCCUCAACACCUUCCCCUUGCUGUGGUGGACACAUUGGUUGAAGAAUUGAAGGGCCGCGGUCGUUCAUCAGUCGCAACAUUGCUAGCGAUGCUUCGCACUGUUUCCGCCUGUUUGAUCUCGGAUCCUUCCAUAUUUACAGCAGACGCGCAAUGGAGGCUUGCUAACUCCGCUGCAGCCUACUUGGAGUUAUCUCAUGCAACGGAGCGUUUCACAGAUUAUCAUUUCAAAUGCUUGGUCGUCGUCAGUCACAUCGUGCUUACGGCCUCUGAAGAGCCUUUUGGUAACAGCAUCAUAAAUGAUGUGAUGGGCAGCAAUUCCAACAGGAAUGACGUCUCCCUAAGAUGCUGGGCUGCACUAGGGCUUGCUGCACUGGAGACGCCCCGACACCGGUUAACCAUGCUCCAGCAUGUCGCCAAUUUUGGGCUCUCAUACUCCAAGACCCUGCAGCAUCUUGCAUAUCCUGAAGCGGUUUCAGGAUGGGCCCCAGUUGCUGCUGCAGCUAUGAGCAGCGCCUUUGCAGCAAUGAAAAUUUGGAUUCUCUUAGCAUGGAACGAAGACGUUCUAAUUGAGGAACCUGACGAGGCCUGUAGUUUCGAGCGCAUAGUCUGGAAUGAAGUAUGGCCUCCUUUCGAGAAGGUUAUCAAUGUUUCCAUGUCCUCAUCUUUUGAUCCGUCUUUGCCAAUUACUUCUGUGAUUUGGGGAUCCUAUGUGGAUCUGGUCAUCUUCCUGAUGAGCUAUCGCUCCAUUCUCAUGGUGGAUACGUCUGUCACGCAUGCGCUCUUAUUGGAGAAGCUCUCUGCUACUACUUCUGAUGCAAUGCACCAGAAACUUGCUCGAGCGUUGCAGGCAAUCCAACAUCCUCCACCUCAAGUUCCCCGCGCACAACUUAUUAACAGGGCCAGAUCUGACCUUCUGGCAUCAGAGAAGUUGACGCAGCGUCUCCAGAUACUGGGUCCAAAAGAACAAGUUGUCAAGAGAGCCACAGGAUAGGCGGAGGGACCAUAGAACUAGUUAAUACAUAUUUCGGAAUCGUCAGAACAACGCAGAUGAUAAUACAUGGA